UUUAAACCGAGGGUUGCCAUGACGAACAACAGCAACAACACACCGCUAGAUUUCUCGAUUAACGUUUGCACGACGGACAGUUCGAAACAUAUUCGUGCAAUGUUAGUUUUGUGUUCCUAAGAAUGGCUAACAAUAUUCUUAGUAAUGGUCGUAUUCAACAACAAACGACUGUUUCGCAACGGUCGAGAAGCGAUACAGGGAAGAAAGCGCCGGAAAUACCAGCGAUAGAGUGCAACAAUUGGUUGCUGCAUCGCCAUUAUACUCGUCACGAGUACAAAACCUGUAAAAUCCUGCUCGAUCAAGAAUUGUUGAGAUCGAAUGGACACAAUGAAUACGCCAAUUACUUGAAAGGUUUGAUACUUAGGAGAGAGGGAAAGAUUCAAGAUUCCUUGAACUGCUUCCAGGCGGCGUAUAAUGUUAAUUCGACGAAUGUUAAUAACGUCAAGCAAAUCGCCAAGUCGCUUUUGAUAAUGGGCAGUCACAAACGCGCGAUCGAAGCGUACUCGGAAGCUGAGAAGAUAUCGACUGUACCGGACUGGGAAAUUUAUCUAAACAUAGGCGAAUGUUACGCGAAGCUGAAUCAACUGUACGAAGCGAAGAGGCACUUGAAGAGAUCGAUCGAGUUGACGAGGAACGAAUUACCAUACAUUGCUUUAGCCAGAGUCUGCAUCUUGGAGGAUCACGUUACCGAGGCUCGAAACGCUUACAACGCAGCUCUGAGCGGGAAUCCCGAAAGCAUCGAGGCCGCGACCGACCUUGGGCUCCUCUAUCUUAAAAUCGGCGACGUUCAACGGGCGUUUCAACAAUUUGGAACAGCCCUCGCUCAUUCCCCGGAUUGCACUAGAGCGAUACUGCCGAUAGCUUACGUGAUUCAGAAUCACCAGGAAUACGACGUAGCAUUGUCGAAGUACAAGCUGGCUGCCCAAUCGAUCCCGGAAUCGCACGCUCUAUGGAACAACGUUGGAAUGUGCUUCUACGGCAAGCAGAAAUUCGUUGCUGCAAUUAGCUGUUUGAAGAGGGCUCACUAUCUGAAUCCAAUGGCUUUUCUGCCUGCCUACAAUUUGGGGAUGGUUUUCCUAACUACCGGUCAGCCCGCUUCGGCUGCGAUCUAUUUGUGCGCGGCGGUCAGUGCUGACCCGAAGAACGCUAUGCCAUAUCUUCUGCUUGGACUCGCUUUGAAGCGGUUAGACGAUCUGGAGGGGGCUGAGAAGGUAUUGCAGAAAGCUCACGAAUUGGCGCCGCAAGACCCUCUGGUGCUAAUUAAUUACGCGAUAAUUCUGGAGGCUUUGGGCAACACGAGCAGCGCUGCUGAAUUUUUAACCGCGCUGAAUGAUAUUACGGCUGUGAUCGACGUGGACGACGAGAUAACGCAAACUGCGAAGAAACUAUCGUCGAAACUCCAACAGGAGAAGGCGUCCAGUAAUGAGAAGGCGAGAAUCCUUAAUGCAGACGAAGUUUAAAACGGUUACGCCGGUCGUCGAAGUCAAGAAAUCUUGAGACAUUUCCCAAGGAACGAAUAAAACUCAUUGAAACGUA